AUGCCAAAGCACGAUUGGUGCUUUUUGUGGGGUGUCAUAGCAGUGAAAUUCAAUGGCCACUACAAAGCUAGUACAAUCUUGGGCUUCAAGCACAUCAUGUAUAAAAUGCACACUAAUAUUCCGUAUAGACAUGGUCAUCGGAGCCCUAGGAAGCUGCCUGUUUGGGGGGUCUUGGAUCGACAGGGGAUAAGGGAUAUAUUUCCUACUACUGUGCCAAUCAUAAUGCACACUGGAGGUAAUGGUCGUGGCCAUCCUUUAGGCGACCCGUAA